GGUGAACCACGGAACCGGAACAGAUUAUGGAAUGAACCACCUGGAACCGGAACAGAUUAUGGAAAUGAACCACCUGGAACCGGAACAGAUUAUGGAAAUGAACCACCUGGAACCGGAACAGAUUAUGGAAAUGAACCACCUGGAACCGGGACAGAUUACGGGGAUGGAACCGGAUCAGAUUAUGGGGAUGGAACCGGAUCAGAUUACGGGGAUGGAACCGGAUCAGAUUACGGGGAUGGGCCUGAUACAGGUACAGGUCCUGAUGGAGCAGGGCCAGAGGGGACAGGACCAGAUGAAGAUGAAGGAACUGGAGGAGGGCCAGAUGGAAAUGAAGGAACUGGAGGAGGACCAGAUGGAGAUGGAGGAACUGGAGGACCAGAUGGAGAUGAAGGAACUGGAGGAGGGCCAGAUGGAGAUGAAGGAACAGGAGGACCAGAUGAGGAUAAUGAAGUGCCAGGGCCGGGACCAGAUGAUGGCGCACAUGAGACAGAUAUAGACUCCAUUGAUCCAAUAUUCUUCAUGAACGUUGUCUUCACGAUAUUUGACAACGAAGUCCAGACCAUCACGAUCAACCAAGCCGUGAUGAGUGCAAUGAUGUCGUCAAAAAAGACUGUCUAUUUAAUUACUAUUAAUGUUAUAACGACUUUCGAGGUGAGCACGACGCUGGCCCGGCGUAAGAGGAACGAUGAGGAAGACGACCAGCGCGAAGGGCCAGAGGUGACGCAGACCAAGGAGCAGUUCGAGUCCAUGAUGGAUUGGCGUAAAAACAUCACCCACAUACCAGCCAAUGAAGUCUACUGCAUGAACACUCUACUGAUAGACUUGCUAGAGAUUUCCUUUAUCAACUCAGACACGGGAAAGAUUUUCGAUGGGUGUGACAUCAACAACCAAAGCGUUGCCAGUAAUCCUUUCUUCGAAAUCAGAGAUCGAUACAAUGUAUCACACAGGUUCUGCAAUCUGAAAGGAAAUGUAACAAUCGAAAGUUUCGGUGAUCAGAUUCUCGCCUACUUUGUCACCGGUGGCUUGACAAACAUAAUUCCAAACGUAAAACUGGUCGCGAGAUCCCCGCCAGGAUGCUGCGGCGGCGUCUUCUACAUCCUGCAAGGAACCAAAGCACCGCCGAAGGACCGUGUGAUAACCUCCCCGCAAUACCCGCAGCCCUACUUGAACAACAUCAGGUGUCCUUACAUCUUCAGGUGUGUGUCAAACAAAACAGACGGCAGCCCCUGUCCCAUCAAGCUAGACUUCCUGGACUUCGACCUCGAGCAGCCAAACCUGCUGGCCUUCACGAAUUUUCGGGAAGGGGAGAACGCCAUCAUCGGAGCCACUGGCGGCGGGAAAGGGGCCAGGAAGUGCGGCAACAGCGACCACGUGAUUAUCGGAGAGUGCGACAAAGUCUUCGGAUCCGACACCCAGACCUACUGUCGCAAACGAAAACCGAGAGGAAGCAUCUUUGGGAAUCAAGAGCUAGUUUUGUUAUUCAGAACCAACGAAGCCAUCGUCGACCAGGGUUUUUCGGUAAUGGUCAGCGCCACUGAUGACAAAUACGGUAUUUACAGUCCCGAAGAAACGGAAGGCGAAUGCCAGUGCGGCCUUGGGAUCCCAGGCUCAAUCAGAAAGGACUUGAGGAAAAGCAUUGCUAAGAAGAAGGAAGGAAAAAAGAAACGGGAGAACGAGAAGGAUUCCCAAGCGAAUACCUUUAGGCGAAAGAGGGAAGUGAAGAAGGUUGGGGGAAAGGUGAAGGAGAAGACAGGACAAGUUAAGGCGGAUGGUCCAAAGAGAAGGAGAUUGAAAAAGGUGGGGGAGGAUAAAGAUCGCACGAAAGGGGAAGUGAAGAAGGAUGAGAAGACGAAAAGAUCGAGAAAUGGUGAAAGGCGACAAUCCAAUAAAAAAAAUAACAAACAGGCCGGUGAUCAGAGAAAUGCGAAAAGAGUGAAAGAAAACAAACGGAAUAAAGACACCGCAGAGACUAACAAAAGAAGGAAAUCAGGAAAGAAAAGCAGAAAGAGACAGAGAAACAACAUGAAAAAAAGGCGGAUGAAUAAGAAGAACGGGACUGCGGGGAAACGGAAAGAGGAACGGCAAGCGCAAAAGGCCGGCGCAAAAGCAGGGAAGGCCUUGAAGAAAACGAAGAGUCGGCAACAAUAUCCGUAUGAGGUCUUCAUCGGCUUUUUGAGGCUGAGGAAGAAGAAGCGAAGGCCUAAGCUGGAGAAGAGAAGCAUAAAUGCAACCGAAUACAUAGAAGAAAAUGGGGGCAAGCUCGACAGGGUAAAGAGAGGAACGAUCGACAAGAAGAGUAUCAAACUUAAUAGGGCCUGCGUUGGUACUUUGGUCUCCAGAAGAUUUGUUCUGACGACGACCUCCUGUUGCCGAUAUUGUCUUACAAUCUGGAAACGAAAAUUCCGAAAAAGACAGCAAACAACCCAGUCCCACUUGUACACCAGGAGGAAGAGAGACACGUCAGACGGAGCUGGAAGAGGUGAUAAAAAGGGAAUAAGUGAGAGCGGAAAGAAGAACGGAAGAGGGAAGAAGGAUGGGAAGAAAAAUGGGAGAAAUGGAGAUGUACAGAGGGGGAAUAAAAGAGAAAAGAAAAGGGUCGAGGGGAAAUCACGGAAGGUAACAAAUAGACAGCAGGAUACCGAGGACGAUGAUAAGGAUAAGAAGAAGAAGGAGAAAAAACAGAAGAAGCGGGAAAAGAAGAAGGCGAGGAGGGAGAAGAAGCGAGAGAGGAAGGAAAAGAAGAAGAAGAAGAAGGAAGAGAAGAAGCAGAAGAAGAAGGAAGAGAGGAAGAAGAAGAAGAAGGAACAAAAAGACAAGAAAAAGAAGGACAAGAAAAAGAAGAAGAAAAUUUCCGCAAAGGACUUCAACGAUCCUCGUCCAGUUGACAUCGUGAUGGCCAUUGGCGAGUCAAAAAUCAACUUUAAAAAGCUGACACGAAAAGAUGUCUUGAGUCCCAAGAGCAUCUUUAUCGACGAAAACUGUUACGCCAAGAUGAAAUUGAAGGAAAUAGGUCCGUACAGUGCACACACACACCCCCGCUGA